GAUGCCCGCAAUAUUAGGUCGUUUCGAGCUUCAAUAGAGGCUUUUGGUGUUUCUUUGACACCCCUGGGAUUACACUUAAGAACAAUGGAUACCCUUACAAAGAUAUGAAGGCUCGUGUGGAAAAUGUCCGGAGUUCAGUUGAGCUAUAUGAUGUGCUCAUGGUCAUUUUUGAUGUGCAUAGACAUCUAACAAAGCCUGAUUCGAGGGUGGUAAGGCUGAUUGAACGAAUGGGUGCACAAGCACACCCAAAACAGAAGCGGCUAUUAUGUAUGAACAAGAUUGAUUUAAUUCCAAAAAAGAAAGACUUGUUAAAGGUUGCUGAGCAGUUCAAAGAUCUUUCUGGAUAUGAAAGGGUUUUCAUGAUCUCGGGAAUGAAAGGCUCUGGAGUGAAGGAUCUGACUCAAUAUUUGAUGGAGCAGGCAGUUAAAAGACCUUGGGAUGAAGAUCCUGUAAACAUUAGCGAAGAAGUAAUGAAAAAUAUUGCUUUAGAAGUUGUUCGAGAAAGAUUACUAGACCAUGUCCAUCAGGAAAUCCCGUAUGGUAUUGAGCAUCGUUUGAUGGACUGGAAAGAAUUACGAGAUGGUUCUCUGAGGAUUGAGCAACAUUUAAUUACUCCUAAACUAAGUCAGCGGAAAAUUCUUGUGGGCAAAAAUGGGUCUAAAAUAGGGAGAAUAGGAGUUGAAGCUAAUCAGGAGCUAAGAUCCAUCUUCAAGAGAGACGUGCAUCUCAUCCUCCAGGUUAGGCAAAAAUGAUGCAAUGUGGACAGUUUGAAGUCUGAAUGUCAAGCAUUGUCACCUUCUUGUGCUCCUAAGCAUCUGGGUAUUUGUAUAUAUGAAAGUCUUUCAGGUUCAUACUUUUUCUUGCUUGUUAAAUUAAACACUUAAUGCCUAGUAGAUCACACAUGUGGUAGUGAAUCACUGUAUUUGGUCUGCUGAGCAAGCAAAGCUUAGGGAAUCUAGUAAGAAGAUCCCUUUUACGUUGAAAAGAUUCUCAUAUGAACUUCGGAGUUUUAAGAUACACGAAAAGCUGUAAUAUAUAAAUGUUGUUUAUUAUACAUUUAAUUUAUUCAAGCAGUGUACUAAUUCAUAAA